AUGGGUAAAGCUAAGAAGACUAGAAAGUUUGCACUUGUGAAGCGGACGUUGAACACUAAGAAGGAUCAAAGAUUAAAGGCCAACCAAGAAAAGAAGAGACCUACAGCUGAUCCUGAACUAACGAGGAGUAUCCCACAGGUGUCUAGUGCAUUAUUCUUUCAAUACAAUGAAGCUAUUAAACCACCUUACCAAGUACUGAUUGAUACGAAUUUUAUCAAUUUUUCUAUUCAAAAGAAGAUCGAUAUAGUGAGAGGUAUGAUGGAUUGUCUAUUAGCUAAGUGUAACCCAUUAAUAACUGACUGUGUAAUGGCAGAAUUAGAAAAAUUAGGACCAAAAUUUCGUAUUGCAUUAAAAUUAGCUAGAGAUCCAAGAAUUAAAAGACUAAGUUGCACACAUAAAGGGACAUAUGCAGAUGACUGUAUAGUAAAUAGAGUAUUACAACAUAAAUGUUUCAUUGUGGCUACUAAUGAUGUUGGUCUAAAACAAAGAAUAAGAAAAAUACCUGGUAUACCAUUAAUGAGUGUAGGUGGUCAUUCCUAUACCAUUGAGAAACUGCCAGAUGUCUUUUAA